UCGUUCUCAGAGGGCAGCGAAUAGGUCGUCGCACGGAAGUCGGCUCGUUUCGUUGGUCGGAGAUAGGUCGGUUCUCUUGCUAGGCGUUCGCGUACGCUCAUACUCAAUUCAACAUUCCAAGGACCGGGGUCCUACUAUUCCUAUCGCACACACUGACUCUUUGCCAGUAGUCCUGGUGAGCGUGUGACCGCCUUCCGUUCUAUCAAAUCACUUUGUGCGCAGACAACCCACCAAGUUAACAGAACCGUCAUCAUGUACGCCUGCAGCAGAUUCAUCGCACCCAUCGCCAGAUCCGCCCUGGUUCCCGCUACGAAGACGUAUCUGCGGCCACUGAGCAGCGCGGUGCUCAGCAAUAGCCAGUCCAUACAGCAACAGAAACAGAUUCAAACACCCAUCACUUUGUCUCCUAUGAUACGAUCUUUUCAAACAUCAGCAGUCAGUAGGGACAUUGAUUCGGCUGCGAAAUUUAUUGGUGCUGGUGCUGCCACGGUAGGAGUAGCAGGAUCUGGUGCCGGCAUUGGAUCCGUAUUCGGUUCCUUGAUUAUCGGCUAUGCAAGGAAUCCCUCCUUGAAGCAGCAGUUAUUCUCAUACGCCAUCUUAGGAUUUGCCCUGUCCGAGGCCAUGGGUCUCUUCUGUCUUAUGAUGGCGUUCUUGCUUCUUUUCGCCUUCUAAGUCAUAAUAAGCAUAAGAAAGUGCUGAUAUAGUAUAGUGCGUCACUGCCAAGACAGCGUUGUCCGGAUCCAUGGGAAAAAAGGCAGCGGCUGUCUCUGGUACGCGGGAUGCCAUGAAAUCAUUAGAGAAGCUCGGAUCAUUUUUCCGUGGUUCGGGUGGGUUGCGACGGUACGACAAUGAAGACACACGGAAGCUGUGAAUGCAGUUAACGUCGUUUAAGUGCGGACCGUCUCAGCUGUCCAAGCCUUCAGCUUGUUCGUAAUUAUUUCAUGGCCUACUGACCUCAUUGUAGCGUUAUAAACUCACAUUGUUAUAAAAAAUGCUGGAUUUCUCAAUUAUAAACAAACGAAUAAGAUAUUAUAUAUAAAAUAUAUUAUUGACAGUUAAAAGUGAAAGGAAAAAAAACAAACGGCAUCUGCAUUUUCAUGUGCAAGCAUACAUUAUUCACCUUUGUUAGUGUUCUGCUGCGACAGUAACAGAACACUUAGGUCGAUCUUGUCAUUUAAGGAAUUCAUCAUUGUUGUGCCGUCGCGUACGCACGUUGUUAAGGCAAUUCUCGACGAUAAGAAAAAAAAACUUCAUUGUACAGUGAAACGAAUAAACAUCUUUGUCGUGAA